AUGUGGAAUUAUUAUUCUUCAAGACGUAAUACUGUCUGGUGCUUGAUCAUCUUUCUGAAGCGUUAUGAUUUCAAGCAUUCAACAUCAAGAGCAAGACAAAGAAAAUUGAAAGAUGCAGUGAAACUUUCAAUGUGCAUUCGUUUAAUUUCUUAUAAUAGAGAAUGUUAUGAGUCUAAAAGUUCUUUUAGCAGCCUCCUUCCUAUCAGCAAUAGUAUUAGCAGUGAUGAAGUGUCUUUUGUUUUGGAAACACCUCCGAAUUAUGUAGCUUCGAGUGGUUCUAGUAAUUCAGAAAAUAUAAGAGAGGAUCUUAAACGGACCGUUAAAAAAAGUACACCAAAAGUUCAAGAAAUUAAAGAUUGCGAUGGUGAAAAGUUAGCGGGAAAAUUAAGAUUGUCCACAGAGUCCUCAGUAGUUGCAGAUGAUUCGAAUGCUGACGAGAGACUGGACUAUUUAACGUUAUUCUGUUUACCGCGACCUGAUUUUUGUGAACGCUGUUGUGCCGAAUUAAAUAUUCGCUACCGUUUUUCAGCAGUUCGGCGAGAGAAGAAACCUCUUUUCCAGAAAAGUGUACCUUCAAAGAUUGCACCUGUUGUAGCAGAUGGAAACUGUCUCUUUCGUUCCAUAGCGCUUUACUUAUCAGGAAGUGAUGAGGAGCACUUGAUCGUUAGGAAAAAUGUAGUGAAAUUUGAAGAGAAUUAUAACGAUCUACUUCGAGAAGUGAACCAUCUUUCGCUGGCUAAAUGGAAGGAACAUAUCAAGAAAAUGACAAAUGAUGGCGAAUGGGCAACAGAAAUUGAACUUCUUGCCCUUGCCGCUUUAUUAAAUGUUGAAAUUUGGACAUUUUUUAACAGCAGAUGGCUUCGGUAUAGACCAUUAUAUACGGUCGGAAAGGAUGGCAAAUCUCACAAAUUGCCGAUUCGAAAGUAUAAUAGUAGCAGGAAGAAUGCGAUUUUCCUUAUUAAUGAAAAUUUUCAUUACAAACCAGUUCUUGACAUUAUCUCGAAUGAUGCGAUAUGUGAUUAUAACCUCGCUGCAGUUAUCAGUCAUAAGGGAAUUGGUUCAAGUAAAGGUCAGUAUUCACUUUAUAACUAA